GAGGCGCGCCCACUCCACCCCGAAACGGCAAGUAGAGGCUCCACCCGUUUCACGCGGCCGCGCGCGGUUGUUCUUCUCACGCUCCGCACCCACCCACCGCUCCCCACUCGCACCACAACCACCAGCUCAAGUACCCGCGGAUCCUCGCAGCUGAGCUUCUGCGGAGCUGGCGUCAACCGUGAGCAACCGAGCCAUGGCCGUGCAGGGCGCCGUCGUCCUCGCGCUCCUCGCGGUGCUCUUGCAGUCGGCGCACGCGGCGGGGGGCGGCUGCGCGGGCGAGGCGUUCUCGGCCAACCGCGCCUACGCGGCGUGCAGCGACCUGCCCCGCCUCGGCGCGUCCGUGCACUGGACCUAUGACCGCGCGUCGGGGGACCUCUUCGUCGCGUUCGUCGCCGCGCCCGCCGCGCCGGGCGGCUGGGUGGCGUGGGCGCUCAACCCGUCCGGCGACGGCAUGCCUGGCGCGCAGGCGCUCGUCGCCUUGCCGUCCUCUGACGGCGCCGCGUGGGCCGUCCGGACGUACAACCUCUCCGGGUACGCGCUCGGGGAGCCCGGCCCCAUCGCGUUCAAGGCGACCGACCUCGCGGCCGAGCUCGGCGCCGACGGCCGCGUCAGGGUCUUCGGGAGGCUGAAGCUCGGCCACGGCAUGGGCGUGCUGAACCAGGUGUGGCAGGUCGGCGCCGCCGUCUCCGGCGGGAACCCCGCUCCGCACGCCAUGGGCGGCGACAACCUCGCCGCCAAGGCCAAGCUGGACCUGCUCAGGGCGACCACCGCAACCGCCGGAGCCGAUAGCACCACCAAGAAGCGCAAUAUUCAUGGAGUCCUGAACGCCGUGAGCUGGGGCAUUCUGCUGCCCAUGGGCGCCAUCUUUGCAAGGUACCUCAAGACAUUCAAAUCGGCAGACCCCGCGUGGUUCUACCUCCAUGUCACCUGCCAGCUGAUCGGCUACGUCGUCGGCGUCUCCGGCUGGGCCACCGGCAUCAACCUCGGCAAGGAGUCCAGGGGCAUCACCUACACUCACCACCGCAACAUCGGCAUCACAGUCUUUGCUCUCGGCACCCUGCAAAUUUUCGCGCUGUUCCUGAGGCCCAAGAAGGAGCACAAGUACCGGCUGUACUGGAACAUGUACCACCACUCCGUCGGGUACACCGUCAUCGUACUGGGCAUCAUCAACAUCUUCAAGGGCAUGGCCAUCCUCGGCGUGGAGCAGCGGUGGAGGACCGCCUACAUCGCCGCCAUCUGCGUCCUGGUCAUCGUCGCCGUGACCCUGGAGGUCGUCACGUGGGGCGUGGUCGUCAGGAGGCGCAAGGCGGAGAGCAAGACCUUCAACAACGCCUCCAACGGCCAUCUGCCGCAUUCCGUGUGAAUUUUCAGGUCCUCUGGCCCGUCCGUUUAUCACUACUAGCGUGUAAAAUGUGUGUAAUGUAACUAUGGGCAGAUGGUAGGUAGUUUUGUAAGCAUUUUAUCCCGUGAUUUUGGCCUGCGUAUUUUUGUUUGGUAUGUGUAUUCCACUGAAGUUUGAGCUGCAGUGAGCAUGUUUUGUGAGAA